UCCGGGCUGUAGUGUGAUUUAUAUGUCGGUUUGUACGACUACCUCCUUGUUUUACAGAUCAGGUCGGAGGAAUAUUUAACCAUAUGCAGUACUCUAUGGAAUAUAUAUAUUAAUAUAGUGUGGAUAUAAAUUUAUUUCGUGAAGAUUUUUUUAUUCUUUUUCACCUGUCAAUCACAGAAAUUAUGCAGUCCGUUCUGUUUUUGAUAACAGCUCUUGUUAUCCAAAGGGUACAGGGAUUUGGAACAGGUGCUCCGGCCUCUAAAUGUGGAGAUAUGUUUCCGUCACAUAGCAGUAUACAACCAGAAAAUAGCUUACCGCCUUUCACAUUGACAGCUAGUUCUUACACAUACAAACAAGGCGAUACAAUUACAAUAACACUUGUAUCACCGACAAGAGCGUCGUUUGCAGGUUACAUCAUAGGAGCUAAAGACCCAGCAACUUUAAACAACAAUAUUGGUAGAUUUACAAAUUCAGCAACAGGCAAAAUAUUACCUUGCGGCUCAUCGGGUGCUGGUGCUGUUACUCAUCAAACUAGUCAGGCGGAGUAUCGACUAGAGUUUCAAUGGCAACCAACAGCUGACACUACAGGCAAUGUGAUUUUUGUGGCAACAGUAGUAGAAUCUUAUACAACGUUUUGGAUGAACAUUGUUACUUCUGCAAUUUAUCCAGAAGUACAAACUACCCAAGCAUUUGUGUUACAAACAACUCAGAAACCAGAAACGACAACACAACCGGUAACAGAAUCCAUCCAACUAACUACUACCACUACUAGUACUACUACCAUUAAACCAACUACUAAAGCUAGUAUAUUACCGGGAGAUACUAGUUCACUUAAAUCUGAUUCUGAAUGUGGAGCUACAAAAGGAUGUUUUAUAGAUUGUACUGGUAACUCUUGUAACUAUAUUGUAACCUGGAGAGAUAAUGGUGAUGCAGUGGACUUUGAACUGUCAACAAAACUACAAGACACAAAUAAUAAAUGGAUUGCCAUUGCCUUUUCGAGUGACCUAAAGAUGGGUGCAGAUGAAGUAGUUGCCUGUUUGAAUGUUGGUGGUAGCACAGCUGUCCAACGGAGCUAUAAUGACGGCAAAGUUAAUAAACAAGUUACAAAUCCAUCAGCUGGACUAUCAAAUACAGUGGUUACAGUUCAAGACGGAAUGUUCAAAUGUAGUUUUCGAAAGAACAAGCGACUAUCAAGACGUAAAAGACAAACCACCAGUUCCUUGUUUGUGGACUUAGAUAGCGACUAUAACUUAAUGUUUGGCACGGGACCGGCUUAUCCUGGAAACAGAAUAGGCAUGCAUUCAAUAAAUCCAGUUGUUACUCCAGGGAAAGUAGAUUUCCAGUCAUUCACCGUUAUAGGCGAUACAGCUAAAUACCCAUUAGUAAAGAUUCAUGCAUGUUUGAUGAUAAUUUCUUGGAUAUUUUGUACUGGUGUAGCCAUUAUAGCUGCGAGGUAUUACAAACCCGUAUGGUCUAAAUCGUCAUUGUUUAACCAGAAAAUAUGGUUUCAGAUUCACAGAACAUUAAUGGUAACCGCAAUGGCACUGACAAUUGUGGCAUUUAUUAUCAUAUUUGUUGAAGUUGGAGGUUAUAGUCAGGUAUCUGCAAGUCCUGGAAAGGAAUAUCUGCCAUCACAUCCAGUUUUAGGGAUUAUUGUAACCAUACUAUGUGUAUUAAAUCCUAUAAUGUCAUUCUUUCGUCCAGGACCAAAUGAUAAAACACGACCAAUUUUCAACUGGGCUCACUGGGGAGUCGGAAUGUUAGCCCAGAUUUUAGCUAUUAUAACAAUAAUCUUUGGAGUAGAAUUACAAAAAUCUACAGCACCAAAGUAUACAGUUUGGGUUGUUGUUGGCUUUGUUAUCUACUAUGUCAUUAUGGAGAUUACUCACAAAGUCGUGGACAAAUUAGCAGAAAGAAAAACAGGGGAAGGAGAAAUCGAUACAGUUGAAAUGAAACAAAAUGGCUCGCAAAAUGGAUCAUUUAAUCAGCCACCAGCAUAUAGCGAGGGCAAUAAAAAUAAAAAGGAUACCUUGCUGAAGAAAUCAUUACUAGCUUUACAUGGUAUUUGUACAUUGGCUUUCACGUUUACACUGCUUUUACUUGUAACCAUGUAUUAAAUAAGUUUUGAGAAUGGAAAACAAAAAACCACAAUGCAUAUCAUCAAACCGGAUGUUGAAGUUGGGGCGCUAUCAAUUAAUUUUUACGUAAUAAUGAGAGAAAGUUAUCAUGAACAUGAUAUGCUGAGGCCUUGGAACAGACAAUACAAAGAUUUUCUGCGCAAUAUGUUAUUUAUAUAAGUAUUGUAAUGAAUUGUGUUAUGUAAAAUGAAAACAACACUUUAUUAUGAUUUCAUACCAAAGUAGAAGUCUUUCGUUUUAUAACCAAUACCAUUAGAAUAACGCUUUAAUAAUAUUUGUAACAAUUGUUUUUAUCUUUUGUCAGAUUGUUUCUAGAUUCUUGAUUCACAAAUACUUAAAGAUCAUUUAUACAAGAUUAAUUGAUAAUAAGUUUAACUACAUCAAAAGUCAACAAAUUGUACUAUUCUUUGAGUUUUUCCUCCAAUGCCUGAAAAUAUGGAAAUCAAUCUGUAGUUCUAAUUUUGUGUAAUUACCGCAGUACGCAAUAUACCGGAAUCAAUUCGUUUUGAAACUUUAGAUACCGAUGAAUAUCAAGUCAAGUUACGUAAAUACAUUUACAAAUGAGUGCUGUAAGGAAUUGGUAUAUUGGAUUAUAAAAUACUGUCUCGUUUCUGGUUUGUUUUUGCUUUUUGUAUGUAUUUUAUCAUGAAUAUUGUUAAUAAUGUUAAUCGGUAUAUUUACAAAUAGAUGUCCCAACAAGACAAUAAAAAUGUGUAUUAAAUCACUGUUGUAUGAAAGUUAUGCUUUACAUGUUAUACUUAUUAUACUUUAUUUUGGUUGUAUGUUUGUCUCUUUGAAAAAAGCUUUACACAGAAUAUGUGAGGAUUUUAAAAAGGCUUGACAAGAAACAGAUACCACUCAGUUUAAUGUCUAUCGCUGGAUAUGUUUCAUGAGAGAUUCAAACCGGAGCGUCACUAUUGAAGCAUGAAUUACUGAUCUUUUUUUAGCAAUUGAGUCCACACCAGUUUUUCAUAUGGUUUACUGUUACUCAAUCUUUUGUUAAAAGUUUAUGGCUCGUUGUUUGUUGUUUCGUAUUUUAGAUUUAGCUAUGAUGCUGUCUAUUUUUCUUCGACUUAUAUAUUUGAAUAUAUCUUUGGUAUUUUCUCCCAAUUCUUAAGGCUUCAAAAUAAAUUAAAAAUCCUAAGAGAUUAAUUAACGCAGGAACUGGUUUAAAAACGUUUUAGUUAAAUUGUAAAAGUAUUUGUCACAUGAGAUUGAAUAAAGGGCUUGGUAUGUCAUGGAAAGCAAAACAAAUACCUGGUUAUUAUCAUUAAGGUAAAGGAAAACCUGGGCUUACAUUUCCCAUUAAUGUUGUCUAUAUAUAUUCUUAAAAUAAUAUUUGAUGAAAAACACAAUCGAAUAUCAUAUCUUAUAUCAAUGAACAUUAAAAACGAAAAUGGUAAAAAAUUUAUAAUGGCAAAAAGCUAGUGUGCGACAAAUAUUCAGGCAAAGUCAAUAUUAAAAAAACAGGUUUUAUAAAGUAAGAGAUGAUUUGUGCACAUACACGAAAUUUAUGAUUUUGCUGAGUAGCAAGAAUGUUUUAUUUUCUGUAGAAUUAACAUAUCUUGUAAUAUAUUUUACUUGAAUAUUGGUGUAUCGAUAAACAUAUGUACAAUAUAUAUCAUUAUCGAGUUAAUAGAUGAGCAGGAAAGUUGAUGUAUGUUUCGCAUAUGAUAUAAAGGUUAUUUUUCUUACCAUAUUCCUGACACUUCUAUGUUAUUAGGGAUACUGGUAUUAAUAAAAAAAAAAUUGUAGACGAGGGAUCAUACAAAUGACUAUUUUCCUAGCUAUAAAAAGAACUACAUCAAAAUGUAGCUUUAUACCAGGACUUUAAUGAUCGUUUUUAUUAAUUAUGAAAUAGUUAGUUUUGUAUUAUAGUAGUGCCAUUAUUGAAAUCAAUCUUAGUUAGAAGUUGUAUCAUAAAUGUAUGUGUCCACGGUUCGUGUAAGUAUGUAAGCAUGUUUUCGGUGUGUGUGUGUGUUGGUGUGUUGGUGUGUGUGUGUGUGUGUGUGUGUAUGUUUACAUGUAUGAAUCUUUGUAUGUAUAUACAGUAUGGUAAAGUACAAAUGUAUGUAUGAAUAAUGUAGAACUUUUAAUCAAAUUUUGUAAAUAGCAUUGAAAUGAUAACUUUAAAAAAAAGAGGCUAACAUUAUUAUUAUUUGUACAGUGAUAGUAAUGUUCUUUGGGAUAAAACCUCACUCACAGAAACUCUUCAAUUUUGAAAUGGGAUUCGAUAACAAUUAGAUAUAUGUCAAUUUAGAUAGCAUUUGCAGGUAUUCUUAAAUUUACUAAGUACAUUUAGAUAUUUCUUAUAUAGAGCGUCCUAUAUAGUGUAACUAAAGGCAUUUUUGCAAUUAAAAAAACCAACUUCAUUAUUAAUGAUAAAGUCGUGAAGAAAUUUAAAGAAAAACUUUAAUCCAGAUAAACUGAUGCUUAAAACAAUGUUUGACUUGAAAAUUAUCUUUCUGCUUACUUUGUUUUAAUCUUUGAUUUUUUUAAAGGGUACUGUUCAAAUUAAAAAUUUUAGUUGGUUUACCACAAUCCGUAUAUUUCUACAGUCUUUCAUCAUUCAUUGGUGUACAGAACUUCUUUCGGCCUUUGGUAUUUAUAUACCAGAAUCUGCUGAAAAUAAUAAAGAUAAUAUGCGAACUACCGUUUGACUCUUUGUUAAUGUCGAUUUUUAUCAGUUGGGUCAACAUGCAUUAAUGGUUUAAUUUUUAAAUAGUUAUUUGGAUGGAGAGUUGUCUCAUUGGCACUCACACCACAUCUUCCUAUAUCUAUUAAAACUGCAAAUAACUAAAAAAUGUGAAUAUUGUGCAUUGAGUGCUCAAUCAUAAGACAAAUUGGGAGAUUACAUUGACAGAUAUAAUAAUUUAAGAAGCAUAUAUGUAGUUUAUUAUAUUGUUAUUGUACAACAUUAUACAAAAUGUGUUGAAAUAUAUAGUUACUUCAUAAAUUUGUUAACCAUAAUUGUUGAUCAUGAAAGCAUAUGUUAGAAACAAUUGUCUUUAUAUUUUAUCAUCACUGUAGAGUUAACAACAAAAUACAGAUUAAACACUUAUCUCUAUUG